CUUCACUGGCCCCUGUGACUUGUCUUACACCAACAUGAAGAGAAAGCUGGGAGAACACGAACAAGACGUCGUCGAAGAUUCUGAGCCUGAACGAGAAGAACGCAGACGACAGCGUCGAGAACACCAUCGCAAGUCAACGACAAGUACAGUGGAACGGAGACCAGCAGUACUGGUGCAGUGCGAAAGCACCGAGGAACCUUCUUCAUUACCAGGUUCUCUACAUUGCCAAAUUGAUCAACGAUCGACAACGAAACUUGAGCGGAGGAAUACCACAGGUGGUCGCAGCUCGGAAGAGGAGCGUAACGAAUUUCGAGAGCCAAGCGUCCCCAACGUCGGUACACUCCAGCAGCCGACACUGAAUAGAAACUGUCCAUCACUUCCUCUAAUCACAACCAUUGAAGAAUGUCAUCCCGAGGAACACGACGAAGUGGACGAACUUAGCUGCAUGCAACUUUGCCAGUUUGCAUAUCAGCCACUCAGACAUCGUGUACCGUCCCACGAUUCGUCGUUCCCUAAACGUCAGCCUGAUUCUUCCUCGACACCGUCGAGAUCCCAUGUAGAAACGGGCCAAUUCCCAAAACAACCGUCAGGCGAACCCACAGGCGCGAAGAUUUCAGCACUUACCAAAUGUGUAUGUUGCGGUUUGCAGUGGACAGCUAAGAAGACUGUCAAACAGAAGAGAACCCACAUAGAAAUGUGCGCUAAGAGGCACGCGAUUUCCGCAGUUACACUCCUCUCUCUCGUCAAUAAGGAAGUCAAUGUAACCCCGCCGCACGCGAACGAGCGUCAAAUAUCUACUGGGGCUCACGGCCAGAGUGCCACUACUCUUAUGGACGCUAUUGUCUCUGCAGAACCUGGAAAAAGGAACAAACGAAAACACGUCGUCAGCACGGUCAAGACCCUUCCAGAAACCCGGGAAAGUAUCCUUGGCAAGGCGAGGGAUCUUCUCGGACAACUGGUGGCCCCACAAAAAGUGAAUAUCGAUCGUUCGUGCACCGACUCAGACGAGGUUCAACCGACGCAACAAUUUGGGACAAGUAUGCUCGCCCGCCGCAGUGGUAACGCUAAGGAUACGCCCUCCCGUCAAGGAAAGGUGUUACAGACACAAGUCAUGGAAGCUCCCCCGUCAACUCAGGCUUUCGGGGAAAGCGCGCUGGGUGGGAAGAGGAUGACAAGUCGGAUGUUGGACGCCUACUACAACCCUGCAAUGUGCAGGUGAUUACCUUCUCCCUCACCAGGAAAUACAAGGAUUGCCAUAAGGCCAUAUCUAUUACAAGAAUUAUAUUUCUUCUACUAGUUCAGUUCAAGAGUCAGACGAGCGGCUAGUACCAGGUUCCUGUGGCCCGAACUGCAGGGAUGGCAACUUAUUUGACACCACAAGGCAUGCGUCGUUGCUAUCUGGAUUCCACA